AGUGAGAAGCCAGCAGAGAGGCUGUCAGGUUACCUAUGGCUGUCAGAUUACCUGGGUUUGACAGACAGAAGCACAGACUGCAAACAGGCACCCGGCGAGGGAGCGACUCUACAGUGCGCACAGGGUCAUUCUGCAGCGCACCGCACGUGAUUCAAGGCUUCGCUCAGGCUGUCGGUCACAAAAGCAGAACGAAAACCAGAAAAUGCAAGCUUACAAGCUCCCACUAAUCCCCUUGCAGCCCACCAGGGCGGCACGUGAGCCAGCAGCGGUGCCCCACAGCCACUGCACCCAUCCCAAAGCCCAUCACGCUUCAUCAAAAGGGCCUGGCCUGAUGAUUAACGACAGCCAUCAGGAGGAAACCAAAGGAACCCAGGAGACUUGGAGCCAAUUCUCACUUGGAGGCUUUUCCUCCUUAGCGGAAGAUGGGCUUGGCACGAGACCCAGCCCCAUCUAUGACAAAGCUAAGUGUUUCACAGGGCCCUUAGAACACCCUAAAAGCGUCCGACAAUGGACACCGCCAGGCUGCUGAGCAAGUCAGUACCGGAGAGCUGAUCCAGCAGAGAGCGAUCUCCUUUCCCUCGGCCAUUAACUGCAGCCAGCUCAGAUCCGCUUUCAGCAGAAGCUGGCAGCUGGAUCGGCUUAAUGGCAUCAGGACAGCGUGCUGCCAGCAUCACGGACCUGCGGGCACCGAGCGGAACGAUGCGCUCUCACUGAAGCCUCCUGAGCAACGUCAGGGCUCGGGGAUAACCCCGCUCUCCUCGGACACUUCAUCCGAAUCAUGGAGCCCAGAGGUUCAUCCCCCUCCCACUGCCACCUGAAGGGUUAAGGAUAACCAAUGCAAACCAGCAUCUGCAUGAGCAGGGUUUUGGAGCAGUGGCUUCACUGUAAAGGGAAACGUCUGGAAACAACAAUACAGAAUUGGGCAGCAUCGAGCUUGUGGUUUAAAUCAAGAAAGCACUUCUCACAGCUCUCGCUCACCUGUAAGAGCUUUCCAUAGGUACCUGCUACAUGAGUCCUCCCCACAGACGGCUAACAGAGCUGGUAUUUUAAGACAGAGCAAUCAGCUCAGAGCUCAGGACUGCUCCCCGCCAGGAGACGUUCUCUUUUGGAACGCUUUCUGAGGAUGUGCUGCUUGCUGAGCUCGCUUGUAGGUUUUUAGCUUCCCAGAUACACAGCUUAAAGCACUCACUGCAAUCACACAAGCAAGAAACGUAACACCGUGAUGCUCAACCUGCCGAACACAGCAGCAAGGUAACACCGAGUCCAGCAGAGGAAACAAAGCCUAUAGCAUUUCCCUUUUUAUCUUCUGCAUCAUCACCUGUCAGGAGUCUCACAGCUUGCAGAGCUAAGUCCCGGACACCUGUGCUUACAAACACCUACCCAAACCUACAGACGAAUUUUACAAGCAGCCAAACACACACCCACAGCCACAACCCCAACGGGGACGCAGUCGCGGUGCUCCGCAUUCCCCCUCACAGCGAUCGCAGCCGCCGAACCUGAGAGCGCAGCGCAGCGUUUGCAAACGCCAACACGUAGCAGGAAGUGCGGGCAGUCCGCGGGCUGCUCCUCGGAGCCGGGAGCCUUCCAGACACAGGCAAAGGUCUCUCAUUAUCCUGCUCUCGCCUGAAGGAACGCUCGAGAAAGUACCGCAUUUGCAAACUUUAAGCCACGUUUUCUUUCAGAAAAGAGAGCGAUCCCGCUCGCUGAAGAGGGAGGGAGGCAAACGUAGGCACGCAGGACCGCAGCCUGAGGAAACCGAGCAGCAAUUUUAAACCUGCACCAAAAGAGCUCGGGACACCGAGCCCGGUGCAGCCCUGCCCCACCAGCUGCGCUGCUCGCCGCUGUCGGCCCGGCAGCCCACCCCUCCAAGCAGCUCCCGGGCUCCCACUGCAGCCAGCAGCCCUCCUGCAGCGCUCGGUUCGUGGCAGCGCUGCUCGAGGGCUUCGCGUACAGACGGGGCUGCGACUCUGUGUUAGUUAUAGAAGAGCUGGGAGCGGGAAUCUACAAAUCCCGUCAGACCAGCUACGACACUUCCACAGCAAGGCUCAACAACGCUGCUUCCCCUGAUAAGUGUACAUUCACAGCAAUUACACCCAACGGUUUGAACAAGAGCUAGACCUUGCAGCAAUCGUUCCUCCUAACCAGACAGGCGCUUUUUGCCGUGCCCACCAAGAAAACACCACUCCAAACCCGACCAACUGCUUUCCGAUUGCACUCACUGCAAAAUGAACGCUUUCUUAACACCUGGCAGCUACAGCUGCAGGAAGAUGGGGUCUCAGGGCUGCAAUGGCCGACCCCGCUCUCAGCCGCCCCGUCGGAGCGGUGCCAGGCAGUGGGAGCAGAGAGCGGACGAGGAGCGGUGCUUCCCUGUGCUCGCAGCACUCCCCCUGUUGACUUACACCGCGAUCCCGGGGAGCCGGAGACCAUCCCUGGGGAACUCAACGGGCAGGCAAGCAGGCAACGGGGGGCUCUGGUGCAGCCGCACCUCGAAAUGGGCAGCACUGAGGCCGCCCAGGUAACCCCGGGUUUCACGUUUCCCAGGCACCUGACCUCGCAUGCUUAACAUUCUCAGAGGUUUUCUUGCAAAAGGGCUGAACUAAAAUGGCCACGAUAACGAUAACUCAGGAAGAUGACAUUUAGGUGUUCGGCGGAACGCGAGAGGUGGAAGCUCAGCUUCAGCGUGAGGCGGCAGCCGAGGCGGCCACAGAGCGGCACAGAGCACGGGGCGCAGCGCCCGGCCGCGGGCUGUUAAUCCGACAGCCGUCCUCACUGCUGCACCGCGAGCAUCGCGCCGCGCCGCGCCGGCGGACCGGGGGACAAAAGCUGACGGGCCGGGUGUCACUGCUCGGCUCUGCCGGCCCCAGGCAGCCCGCGCCGAAGCCUCAUAGACGGCCAGAGAAAAGCAGGGCCAGGAGCGAGGCGAGGCGAGGCAAACCUCUGCCAUCGCCGCUAUGGGAUGUGGCUCCCACCGCCCCGCUCUGUGCUGUCAGCUCCCUGCCAGGACGCGGAGCUGCCGACACCUGCGAAGCACAGCGUCGUGCAGGGACAGCGGGGACUGCCGGCGGGAGGGCGGGACGGAGCGUUCGUCCUGGAUUUCGGAAAAUUCCAGAAAGAAAUGGGGCCCGGAGUGCCUCCAGAAAGUGGGGGGGGCGGAGGGUGACACGGGGAUGGGAGAACAGGGGCAAAAAGGGCCACGCGGGGGGGCGGAGGGGGGGGUACAGAGAUAAAGGGCUGCUUACAGACGUAGGGCAAAGAGGGGAGGAUGCAGAAGGUACGGGGGGAAUACGGACGCGGGUUGGAUGACAGAGGGCUAACCAGAGGAGGUAUAGGGGCGAACAGAGAAGCUUUUGAGGUGUCCUGGAGCGCAGUGGCCCUACCGGGUGCAGGAUGGACCCCGUGGUUCUCAGUUACAUGGACAGCUUGCUGAGGCAGUCAGACGUUGCCCUGCUGGAUCCUCCAAACUGGCUCAACGAUCACAUCAUUGGCUUUGCCUUCGAGUACUUUGCCAGCGACCAGUUCCAAGAAUUUAGUGAUCAGAUUUGCUUUAUCAGCCCGGAAGUGGCUCAGUUCAUCAAAUGUGCCCUUAGUCAGGAAGAAAUAGCCAUAUUCCUUCAGCCACUGGACCUGCUCCACAAGAAGCUGGUGUUCCUGCCCAUCAAUGACAACUCCAACCAGGCAGCAGGGGGCACCCACUGGAGCUUACUGGUUUACUUCAGGGACAAAAAGUGCUUCGCCCAUUAUGAUUCCCACAGCAAGUGCAACUCUGUCCAUGCCAAGCAAGUGGCAGGGAAACUGGAGGCCUUCCUGGGGAAAAGAGGAGGCAAAGCAACCUUCGUGGAGGAGAAGGCGCCGGCCCAGCAGAACAGCUACGACUGCGGGAUGUAUGUGAUCUGCAACGCCGAGGCUCUGUGCCAGGGGUACUUCAGUGGACAGCAGGAGCCUCUGCUACAGCUCCUCACCCCUUCCUACAUCACACAGAAGAGAAGCGAGUGGAAAGCUCUCAUUACCAAGCUCACACAGAAGUGUUCUGGGUGCUCCCAAGUCACUGCUCUCAGUGCCUGAGGGAGGUGCCCACGCUCAGGAUUUUCCCCUCAAGAAGAAUGUAACCCCUUCAGCGCGGUCACAACCCACAGUGCCCUCCUCACAAAGCCUUAGUCUCCUCUGGAAGUCACCGGCCUUUCAGCUUCCUACCAAUGAAGUCAUUUGGCUUUCAAAGAAAUCUCCCUAUCCAUGCUGAUUUUUAUGCUCAUCGCUGUGGCAAAUGAGGGUGCCCAGCAAGCAAUGCACCCUCAUUAGGUGGCUUUAAUUAGCUGGGGGCACUGCUGCUCCUGCCUGGUUUAGCAAUGCCCAUUAAAACCAAGCACAGAAUGCUUUAUUGUGGACAGCCCUCAUCUGCACCUCCAGCUCCGGGUGUUUGCAGCAGCAGUGCUGGAGUUCCCCCAAACACUUGACACUGAGAUAUGUCCAGUGGUCAGACUCAAAAGGAAAUGCUGCAGUGAAUUGCAGAAUGGGGCAAAAAUCAGUGUUCUACAGAUAGCUGCUCCUGGCCUGUAUGAAGGUAGCUUUAUUUUUUUCUUUUUUCUUCCUUUUUUUUUUUUCCUCCUCUACCCCUGCUUGCUUUGAUUACAAAUUAAAGCCUGUCUCUGAGCUGCUGGAAGAUGAAUAGGUGAAUAGGAAGCUGAGAAAACAACUCCUAGGAAAGGAAACUUAAUUGAAAUGGAAGGUGAUGCUCUGUCUUUGAAGUUUUUUUUUUUCCUCAUGAUUUUAGGUCAUCUCCAUUCUGGGGGAGGGUGCUGCACCGUUUCCCAACCCUCAGUAUCAUUUGCUGCGCUUUCUGUAGCACAAAAACAGUUUUUGUAUUACCCCAAUUAAAAAGAAAACAAAAAAAAAAACAGAAAAACAAAAAACAACAAACCAAGGACAACAAAGGGGCAGAAUUUGAGGUAUAAAAGCCAAAGAUAAUAGUCUCCUAGAAGCUCGAGAUGUUGAUCCCUAAUAUCCUUCUGUCACAGUCAGCACACAGAACACACAGGUGCCAACUGGGUCAAGGAAAUCCAGGUUAAAAACAACCCUUGGAAAGGCAGAGAGGUUCCUUUAACCUGCACCUCCCACCUGCACCUCCCCACACAUCCCAUUUGCAGCACCAGCACAGCACAGUGAUGGCCAGAUGUAGUGUGGGGUGUAAGUGUAUUCAGCUUCCCUUGUUCUUAAGAAAGGUAAGUAGAUGCAGCCUGACAGACUGCUCCAAACAAACACACACACACACAGAGCAGUGGGGCAGAAUGGGGCUCCGAGUCGUUACCAAAGGCAAACAGCUGGCAGCGUGCGGCUUUCCUCCCUGGAAAAUCACUUCCACUGCUCAGAUGGAUCCAAAAAGCCCAAAGUGGCAUCAAUUCUCUUGCUGAGGGAGUUUCCUUCGGAGCGUGGGUCCUGUGUGGCCAAGCCAGCGCCGUUCCCCAGGUGUGACACCUCUGCACCCUGCAGUCAAUCGCUUCUCAGAGACGUUGCAGAUGAGCUGCAUGCUUAAUACCAACAAAUACUUCUGUCUGGUGCGAUGGCGUCAACUCCCCGUCUGUACCCAAACGGGAGGAGUGGAUGGAGGAAUAAAACUCCUGGGUCCCUUCUUUCGUGGGGCAACCAUGAAUAAAACUUAAAGUAAACCCUA